AUGUCACAGUUAAAGCAGAGAAAGAAAGUCACUGUUGUGGAUUUGGAUGCUUCUUCAACUGUAGAUGAUUCAUCCAAGUCUCAUAGCAAGCAUCACAUUUUAGCAUACUUAGAACCAAUUCUUGGUCCAAUUUGUUUUACUGCUUUGGCAUUGUAUCUUCGUGCGUAUAAGAUUGACGACAACAAACAUAUUAUUUGGGAUGAGGCCCAUUUUGGUAAGUUUGGUGCGUUUUAUAACCGUCACGAGUUCUAUCAUGACGUUCACCCUCCCCUAGGUAAGAUGCUCUGUGGAUUGAGUGAGUACCUCGCUGGUUUCAAUAACACUGAAUUCAUGUUUGAGAGUGGUAAGACUUACCCUGAUGGUACCAAUCUCGAAGCUAUGAGACUUUUCCAGGCUGUUUUCAGUACCUUGGUGGUUCCUGUUUGUUAUUACACUUGUAAGCAGCUCGGUUUUACUUUAUGGAGUACCUACUUCGUUACGUUGACGACAUGUCUUCAAAUCUCGUUUAUUGUACUAGGAAAGUUUAUUUUGCUAGACUCUUUUCUUAUCUUCUUUAUUUCCACUACCUUUCUGUGUCUUGCCAGGAUUCAUAGGCUUCGUAAAGAAGAAGGAAGUGGUCACUGGAUCUUAUGGAUGGUUUUGACCGGUCUUUCGAUUGGUUGUGUUUGUUCGGUGAAGUGGGUUGGCUUGUUCAUCACCGCUGUUGUCGGAAUUUAUACUAUCUUUGAUCUCUGGCUCAAGUUCUGGGACUCUCGCAAUUUUUCUUGGGCCAGAUACACUCGAAGUUGGAUCUAUCGUAUUGUUACCUUGAUUAUCGUUCCUGUCAUGGUUUAUCUCCUAUGCUUCAAGAUACAUUACAUGCUUCUCUACAAACCAGGAACAGGUUCUGGCUCAAUGUCCACUCUUUUCCAGGUGAAUUUGAAGGAGACGGACUUCCUCGAUCAGCCUCGAUAUAUCGCAGUUGGUUCUACCGCUACCAUUAGAUCCCAAGGAUUGUCCCCCAACUUAUUGCAUUCUCACAGUCAGCUUUAUCCUGAUGGGUCUAAUCAACAUCAGGUCACCACUUAUGGAUUCAAGGAUUCUAACAAUGUUUGGGAGUUCCGAGAAGCUCGUGAACCUUUCGAGUACUCUGAAUACUUGAAAGAUGGAGAUGUCGUCCGUUUGCAGCACGAUAACACUAAAGCAAACUUACAUUCUCAUUCAAUUCGUGGCCAUGUCAGUACCGACUACAACGAAGUCAGUGGUUACGGUAAUGAGAAAAUUGGGGAUUCGAAAGAUGACUGGGUGUUUGAAGUAGUGUCUCAAAUUCACUCCUCAAAUUCUACCUACACCAAUCUUCACGAAAAUGAUGAGCUCUUCUAUAAAUCAAUCCAUCCUGUCUCUACCACCUUUCGCUUAAGACAUAAGUAUUUGGGCUGUUAUCUUGCGACUACAGGUCAAUCUUAUCCAGCAUGGGGAUUCAAGCAAGGAGAAGUUGUCUGCAAACCUGCCUUUUCGCUCGAUUCUUUCCUCGGUAGGCUGGAUAAAUCUACCUGGUGGAACGUUGAAAGUCUUGAAAACGAUGUCCUACCGGCAGAUCAUGAGUACCAGUAUCCAAAAAGCAGUUUCUUCGGCGAUUUCAUGAUGACCCAGCAUGCUAUGGCUGCUUCAAACAACGGUUUAGUUCCGGAUGAGGAUAAAUAUGAUACCAUUGCAUCGUCCUGGUGGGAGUGGCCAUUGUUAAGAAGAGGACUCAGAAUGUCUACGUGGUCUGACAGAUUGCGUCGUUAUUACAUGUUUGAAAAUCCUUUCGUUAUGUGGUUUACCACCAUCUGUAUUGGAGUGUUCUCGCUCAUUAUGCUUAAGUUAGCGGUGUUGUGGCAGAGACAGGCUUUGGUUUUAGACGAUCAAACCGCUUGGCAUCUCGCCAUGACAGGGGUGGCUCCUUUCUUGGGUUGGUUCUUCCACUAUCUGCCCUUUGUCAUUAUGGGUAGGGUGACUUACUUCCACCAUUACAUGCCUGCAUUAUACUUUGCAGUGUACACUACAGCCUUUGUGGUUGAUUACUUCACAUCUCGCCUAGGAAAAUGUGCCAAGAGCUUUGUGUAUAUUUCUCUUUAUUCCACGGUGAUCUUUUUCUUUUAUUUGUUUGGUCCAACAUGCCUCGGAAUGACUGGUAAAGUGUCUGAUUUCAACUACAUUGACUGGUUCAAAACAUGGACUAUGGCCAAAUACGAGCCAUUUUCGUUCUCGAAUAUCUUCCUCCACAUAAAGGGUGACUUCAAUCAUAGCACUGAAAGGUUACUCAAGCUUCUUUCCCACUAG